ACAGGAGAAUUUCAUUGUUUUUUCUCUUUCUGUGUGUGUAUUCAAUCAAACUUACUCCACCACAUGGCAUAUCAACCACAACCACAUGCAAAAAUAGAAACAAAACAUAUCUAACCUUUGUGUCCAUCACAGCUUUUUUAAGCUUCCAAACAAUGAAAUCUAGUUUGGUUCUUUUCCUUGUUUUUCUCAUCUUAGUUACAACAGAUGCAUCAAACUCAACAACAUGUCCAGUGUCCAUGAAAUUUGUCUCAACAGUUCCUUGGAACAAAUCUCUUUGUCUUAACUUCCAACCUUUAACAUCCAAAACAGAAACACAAGAAACUCUUUGUUGUAAAACUCUCUUAUCUCUCUUUGGUAUAGCACUUGCUGAAAAUCUCAAUAAGAACUCACUUUUCAAUUUUCACAACAUAACUACCUCAACCUCUUGUCUACAUAAUUACCAAACUAGCCUCACUUCAAUUUCACUUCCUAACAACCUUGUCUCUUCAUGCUUUGAUCCAUCUCAAUUUGUUGCCACACCAGACACAUGUGCUCAAAUUCAAACCAAACAAGAUUGGCUUAACAAAGUUGAUUCAACAGAUUUAACUGUUCUUGAUAAUGUUUGUGAACCAGAUUUAACAGAUUCGGAUCAUUGUCAUGUUUGUAAAAAUCAAGGGUUUAAGGUUCAACAGAUGCUGACUAAAUUUGAUGGUAAUAGUUCACAUUCUCAAGAUUGUUUUUAUUUUACAAUACUAUAUAUAGCUGGAAUUGUGAAUAAACUUGGUCCUGAGAGUACAGGUGUUUUGGCUUGCAUUCUUAUUUUGUUGGUACCACAUGAGUAUUCUGAAAAGGAACAUCAUCAUCGUGCUCUUGUUAUUGGAUUGGUUGUAGCUUCAUUAGUAUUUGUGUCAUUUUUGUUAGGGUUAUUGUAUUUUUGGUAUGUUUGGUGGGUGAAGAAAAAAAACAAUGAAAAUUUGUUACCACAUAAUGGUGGUUCACAAGAGCCUAGUUUUAGUUUAAGAGUUAGGCCUAAAAGUGGGUUGAUUUGGUUUAAUUUUAAGGAUCUUGUGAAGGUUACUGACAACUUUUCGGCCCAAAAUUUCAUUGGAAGAGGCGGGUCUGGUUCGGUUUACAAGGGGGUUUUACCGGAUGAGACGAUUGUUGCGGUUAAAAGGAUUGAAGAAUCUGAUUAUCAAGGAGAUGUUGAGUUUUACAGAGAGGUGGGGAUUGUUAGUAGCUUGAAACAUCGCAAUUUGGUGCCGCUAAGAGGAUGUUGUGUUGUUGGUGAAGAUGAGAAUCCUGAGUACUUUGGAAAGUAUCUUGUCUAUGAUUAUAUGCCGAAUGGUAGUCUUAAAGACCAUCUUUUCCCUGAAAUGGAUAACCAAAAUGAAAAACAAUCUUUGACUUGGUCUCAAAGAAAAAACAUAAUCUUGGAUGUGGCGAACGCGUUGGUUUAUUUGCACUUUGGAGUUAAGCCUCCUGUUUAUCACAGAGAUAUCAAAGCUACCAAUAUACUACUUGAUGCAGGUAUGAGAGCAAGGGUUGCAGAUUUCGGGCUGGCGAAACAGGACUACAGUCAAAAUAUGUCUCAGCCAAAUACUAGAGUAGCCGGAACUCGUGGAUAUCUAGCUCCAGAAUAUGCACUUUAUGGUCAGUUAACCGAGAAGAGUGAUGUCUAUAGUUUUGGCGUGGUUGUUCUUGAGAUAAUGUGUGGAAAAAAGGCUCUUCAGUUGUCUUCGUCUGGAGAGCCUAAUUUCUUGAUCACGGAUUGGGUUUGGUCGUUGAUGAAAUCUGGAAACACAAUGAAGGCUUUGGAUGCUUCUAUAUUAUUGGAUGGAAAUUCCACUAGAAGCAUAAUGGAGAGAUUUUUGAUGGUUGGAAUUUUGUGCUGUCAUGUAGUAGUUGCUUUAAGGCCCACAAUUUUGGAUGCUUUGAAGAUGCUAGAAGGGGACAUUGAGGUUCCAUCAAUUCCAGAUAAGCCAACAACUGUAGGAAAUCGCAUGUUUGCCAACGGUGAUUCAACUUAUGGUUUGCUAAAAGUUUAAGGGUGCUAAAACAGUAGUGGCACUGACCUUGAUGUUGAAGCAACAAGAUUCAGUGCACAAGUUUUAGGCGCUGAUCAAGAAUCAAUGCAAUGCAAUCUCCUAAUCAUUCAAAGGAUUUGACUAAUUAAGAUCCAUUGAAUGAGGACAUGGAAUUCAUGGUGAACAAGAGAGACAAUGUUGUGUUGUGCACGUUGAUAAUUGUUUCAGAAAUCUAUGAUCCUUUCUGUUGUGCAUCACUGUGUCAUGAUGUGUAGCAUUAUGUCUUCUACUUUUCUUUCCAAGUUCCAACCAAUCCUCCCAAAUAGGAAACUCUGUUGGUGAAUUAAGGGAUAUUGAAGGAAUUUUAAGCAGUGAUCCGGGUUCGAACCUUAAUACUAACAUUGUCAUUAACUUAUUAAUGCGUGACUUUUAAAAAGAAACUUUGCCCACCCCAAUGUUGCUAAAAACCUUGGGAAGUGUAUCUUCUAAUAGAACAAAAACUGUAUUUUUGUACGGAAGUACAUGUCCAGACAAUGUAAACACUGUGUUUUUUUCCGAA